AGGACCCUUACAACAACAUCAUUCGAACUACAAUUGAGGCCAUGGCCGCUGUUUUUGGUGAAACCCAAUCUCUUCAUACGAAUGCAUUUGAUGAAGCACUGGCUCUGCCUUCCAAGUUUUCUGCUCGCAUUGCCAGAAACACUCAAAUCAUCCUUCAAGAAGAGACGGGUAUCCCGAAGAUCAUCGAUCCGUGGGCUGGUUCAUAUGCGAUGGAAUCCCUCACCCAAGAAAUCAAGAAUGGUGGAAUGAAGAUUGAAGAAUGUGCUGCACGUCGCAAAACUAUUAUUGAUUCCGGAAAAGAAGUAAUUGUGGGUGUGAACAAGUACCGUUUGGAGAAGGAAGACCCAGUUGAAGUUCUUGUCAUCGAUAACACCAAAGUGCGAGCGUCACAAAUCGAAAAGCUUGAACAAAUUAAGAAAAGCCGUGACAAGAAUCGUGCGGAAGCAGCUUUGAAAGCUCUCGAAGAAAGUGCAAGAACUGGGCAAGGAAAUUUGCUUGGUUUGGCUGUUGAAGCAUCUCGCGCUCGCUGCACUGUUGGUGAAAUUUCAAUGGCAAUGGAGAAAGUCAGUUAA